GUCCUGUUUAGCAGCGAAUCCUGGCGAUUAGUUUUAGAACUGCACCGAGAUUUUGCUCACCUUUGGCCUAUUACACAUCAACAUGGCGCACGCCGGUGAAAACCAUGCUGCUGGAUCUGAACCUUCCACUUCCAACCAAACCUCAGCUUCAGCUCAGGAUGCACAAGCAGAAUUUUUUGACUAUGAAAAGAGUGAUGACGGAGCUCCCAAACGUGAGGAUCUGGGCUAUGAUCUCUUCCACGGGAGGGACAAAACGUACCGGGAAAACAUGACCUCUCCGUACGGGAAGUUCGAGAAUCUGUUCGACACCUACCACCCAAGGUGCAAGACCAAGCUCACGGUCGCUUUGAAAUCUAAUCCUUUUGUGAAGCUGCUACUGAGGGCGGGUGUCUGGUAG